UCACAUGCUGCUUUCCACCCAAUGGCCGAGCGUGUCGUGUAGCAGAGCUGCUGGCGCGGGUGCAGGCUGUGGAGUGGGCGGGGUGGCAGCAGUAGUACAGAUAAGUCCUUGCUUCGGGGCAAGCUGCGGAUAACGGGUGACAGUAUCCCCAGACAUGGCAUCCACGCAGUCUGUGAUCACGUUUGCGGUUUGCAUCCUGUUGAUCUCUGAAGUAAUACUUGCAAAAAAGACUUAUUAUGACAUAUUAGGGGUUCCUAAAAAUGCCUCAGAGCGACAGAUCAAAAAAGCUUUUCACAAGCUUGCAAUGAAAUACCACCCUGACAAAAAUAAAAGUCCGGAUGCCGAAGCAAAGUUUCGUGAAAUAGCCGAGGCAUAUGAGACGCUUUCUGAUGAAAAUAAAAGGAAGGAGUAUGACCAGUUUGGACACGAUGCUUUCACCAGUGGUGGAAGGUCAAGUAAUGAUCAACAUUUCCAUCAGCAUUUCAACUUCAACUUUGAUGACCUCUUCAAAGACUUUGAUUUUUUUGGUGAGAGUCAAAACUCUAGAUCGAAAAGGCACUUUGACAGCCAUUUUAGGAAUCACCAAGAAUCUCACAACAGGCAUAAGCGCCACUUUGAAGACUUUUCUUUUGGCGGAGGACUGUUUAACGAUAUGUUUGAAGAUAUGGAGAAAAUGUUCACGUUUGGUGGCUUUGAUGGUUCCCAGAGACACAAUGUUAGAACAAACGGUGGAUUUCAUGGGUCCAGCAAACACUGCAGAACAGUUACCCAACGCAGAGGGAAUAUGGUUACCACCUACACAGAUUGUUCAGGCCAAUAAACUGCUUUUCUUGGUA